UUGGGUCUGUGAAAACAGCACGAAGCAGCGUUGGGAAUGUUUCACUUGUAGAUGUUGUCUACCUCUUAACUACCUGAAGGUACAGCCGCGACAGCCUUUAACAAAACCAGACUUCACGAGUACACGCAGGAAAAGACAAGCUGGUCACCAUGGCUCUGGACGGAUGUGGCCUUUUCUGCAAAUACACCCUCUUCAUCUUCAACAUCAUCUUCGCGGUGGUGGGGUUUGCCUUUCUGGGUCUGGGCCUGUGGCUGAGGUUCAGCGACGGCACCAGAGGCAUCUUUGAAAUAGAAGCACUCAACUCCACUGUUUUUGUUACAGCUGUGACGGUACUGAUAGCUCUUGGCGCAGUGAUGCUGAUCGUGGUGAUAUUUGGAGACUACGGUGCCUGCAAUGAGAAAAGAUGUUCUCUGCAAGUGUUCUCCGUCCUGCUGACUAUUCUGGCGAUGGCUGAAGUUGUCGUUGGAAUUAUGGCUUAUUCCAAUAAGGAUGAAGUUGGACGAAAGAUUGCAGAGUUCUACACCAGCAUGUAUACUCUGUAUGGGAUCAACGGAGACCCAGUCAUUGGUGCCACUCUCACAUUCAUCCACACCAGCCUUCAGUGCUGUGGAGCGACCGGGAUAGUGGUGGUGGAGGUGGCUAAACAGACCUGUCCCAACCAAUCGUUCUGGACUGCGAGCUGUAUCACCACCAUCGUAGACGUCUUUAACAGAAAAGCACCACUGGUGAUGGGAAUCUUUGUUGGAACUGGAGCUCUUUUGAUCAUAGCUCUGAUUUGCAGCUCCAUCCUCAGUUCAAAGAUCCGUCAGUUGGCCGCAUCUCCUCAGUACAUCAUCCUGACUCACUCCACUUCUGUCCUGGCUAACCCUCAACCACCUCAGCCUGAAUUUCUCUCCACUUCGUACCCAUACCCAGACCCGAACCCGGUGGUCUUCACUCCUCUCUCUGUGGCCAACAUCCCUGUAGCUCAGCCUUAGCGCUCUUGUAGGUUUCCACUCUCACUGUCAUGCUGCCUUGAUUGUAUUUCACAGCGCUCUGGCAUAGAGAAUUUAUUAUUUAGUUAAUUUGCUCUUCUGCUGAACACAUCUUCUCUGCAUGGUCACUGCUGCGUGUCUUCAGCUCCCAGCUUUAAAAAGGAAAAAUCCACCCAAAAAGACCUAAAGACCACCGCAGCACUACAUCUAUGGGGGCUGUUGUGUUGUUGGCCUUUUUCCUUUUUAAUUUUUAUUCCCACAGAUUAUUCUAUUAAUGACAGCAGACAAAAUAGCAAUAUGUUCUUAUUAAGCUCAUGGUUUUGCACUUUUCCAAUAGUUAUACAUCACUAAUCUACAUAAAAACAAUGAAAAAGCUAAUUUUCUCUUUGUAGCUUCCCAACAAAUCAUUUAAAAAAAAUUAUACAGUGUUCGUACAAAGUCCUGAAAUUUUGAUUUCAGGGUUGGGAACAUGCUUGUAUUUGUAUAUAAUCCUUUAAAUAAAGUCUGGUGUUUUCAUGUACACAAUCACCUGUGGUUAUUCAUAAAAAAAAUCUAAUUUGAUCUAAUCUAAUCGAAACACACAGUUAAUAAAUUGACAAUAAGUAAGUUAAUAUGAACACCUGGAAAAAUAGACAAAGUAACUAUACAUUGAUUGCUGUAGGUAUUAAUUCCGUAAAGCACAUUUUCUGCAAUUUUGGUUAUCGUCACAAUUUAUAUGUGGAAGAAGACUUUGAUGGUGUGGGAAUUCGUGAUUUAGGUAUUUAAAAAGGGCUCCAUUUUUUAUCUUAAAAAGCUGUACAAACCCUGUAUUUAAUCUGCAAGAAAAACAUUUCCAGGGUUGGGUUUUUCCUUUGUCUACUUGAUCCUCUUUCCAUUUUGCAUUUUGUGGGGCUGCAUGCAAAUUGGUAGCAUGAGUUGGUUCUGCCCUCACACUAACUCAUUCUGCGGCUGGUUCUAAUCCUGGAGGUGAUAGGGAGCUGGAGGCAGGUUGGUCACCGCACCGCACAGCUCUUUGUUCCAUUCCUGCUCUUUACUUCCCCUCCUCCUUCUGUGUCUGCAUGACAGAUUACUGCCCUGGUCUGCAGCAUUAUCCUCCUGAAACAGACCAAGAAGAACCAGCAGCAGAUGACUGCAUACUAUUCCACUGUUUACUAACAAGAGGAUUCGGUUUUGGACCCUAACCCUCCUCAACGAAGACCAUCGCUGGAAUUCAAGCUCAACCAGCAGAAAAAUGUUUACAGAUUUUUCGCUGUGUGAACUACUGAUUACACUAGUUUUAGAACUGAACUAGAACUUUUAAUUAAUAUCCGAAAACGUCACACUGUGCUGAUAAUUUGACCAAUUGCGAGCAGGAAAAAACAAACCCCUGCUUUGUUCAGAGCUGUCGACAACCAUCAAUAUUUUCUGGUUUUUUUUAAAAUAAUCAUGAACCAACUCUUGGGGGAAAUGGAUGUCGCUUAUAAUUGGCUAUUAUUCAUUGAGCUGGAAACUGUCACAGCUAGACAGCAAGUGCGUUCCAGCUUGACAGGCCUCUUCAUCAUUGUGGGCAUAAGAUAAGUAAUCUGAGGAGGAGAACAACACGUCCGUUUAAUAACAGUGUUAGGGAGAGAGUGUUUAAUGCAACUUCCACAUGUCUGUUACAUGUUCAAAGUUUUUUGCUUUUGUCUAUUGCCAUCAUGUGGAGGAGUUAACAGUUAUACACACUGAGCCAGUGGCAAAUUUUACUGUUUGAAUGAUGAAUAUAUAUAUAAAUGCAAAAGGGAUCAUUUGCUUUAAAAUCCAUUUAAGCUGUUUAUGUGAGGUUGUCAUGACGGGACAGUUCAUGUUCCUGGUCAGUACAUUUUUAUGCUACAGAGGUGUCACGUUACGGUACCAGAGGCAUUUGUCCUUUGCUGCAAUGUUGGAAAACAUUCCAUUUAAUCUUUAAUUAAUCUUAAUCCAUUUAAUCGUCUAUACACAAUUGUGCACUCCAUACAAGUGUGAUGGGAAUAUUCUGCAGGUUCGGUUUAAAGCGGUUAAAACUGUAAACAUUUCAAGUGGCAUGCUUCAGAGCUGUGAAACAUGCUAAGUUUUUGUAAAACACUGGUUCGGCACAAAGGGAAGCAACGUGCUAUUAACAAACAUUAGAGUUCAACUUUGCUUUUCUUCCUGUUGCUGCUUCUGUGACCAAACUAAAGCUCAUGAAGUGAAUGUUUUAGAAAGAGUGUAUUGCUUGUGUUCUUUUUCUGUACGCUGUAGUACUCAUGAUUGCAUUGCACUAUACUGUUUUUAUGUUCAUAUUUUUAAAAAUAAAUAUUCAGGGUUUUGCCCUCUCU